GAAAAAACCAUCGCUUUGUUAGUACGAAAAAAAUAAAUUUUAGCACCAUGGCAGAUGCUCUUGAGGGGGCAAUGGAUAAAUUCUGCGGAUCAGAGUUUUGGAACUUAAAUAUCACCUGGAACACUGAAGAUCCCGACUUCACACCAUGCUUCGAACAAACUAUCCUUGUUUGGAUUCCAUGUGUCUUUUUAUGGAUUUUUAUGUUCCUUGAGUUAUACUACCUUCGUGCGAGUUUAGAUAAAAAUAUUCCAUGGAAUUUCAAAAACAUCUCGAAAUUACUUUUACACAUUGCUCUCCUUGCAUUGUGUAUUGCUGAUAUCGUCCUAGCUCUAAUGAAACAAAAUUCCGACGAAGAUAUCAUUUACCCUCUAGAUAUUUGGGGGCCAGUCAUUAAGUUCGUUACAUUUACAAUAGCAUCAAUUCUAGUCUUGUUGAACCGUAAAUUUGGUGUCCAAACAUCAGGAACACUCUUUCUAUUCUGGUUCUUUUUGGUCGUUUUUGCAUUACCAGAAUUAAGAACCAAAUUACGACAACAUAGUGAAUUAAAUGAUGGUGCUCUAGAAUACAGACCUACUCAAGAGGAAAUUUCCUGGAUUGAUUACAAAUUUAUAAGCUUUUUGGUUUACUUUGGACUCUCGUGUUUAAUACUUCUUUUAAACUGUUUCGCUGAUAACAUGCCAACAAAAACUAAGUACAACAGAACUAAUAAAGAAACUCCUGAACUCUCAGCAAGUUUCUUAUCCCGAAUCACCUACUCAUGGUUUGAUAAAUUAGCCUGGAAGGGUUAUCGCAACCCUUUGGAAGAGAAAGACCUCUGGGAACUUCGUCCUCAAGACAGUUCCAAAGAAAUUAUGCCACCUUUUGCUCAGUAUUGGAAUCAAAAUGUUCUCAAAAACUAUCAUGUCGAAAACCGUGAAUCAAAAGGACAGUCAACUAUUGACAAUGUAGUUUUUGAAAACCCAAAUGGUUCCAAUACCAAAGGUUUUGCCUCUGUCAUGCUACCAGUUUAUAAGUCUUUUGCUGGUGUAUUCCUCUUUGGAUCUCUGUUCAAAUUGAUUGCUGAUCUUCUAUCAUUCGCUUCACCACAAGUCCUUGGUUAUGUGAUAGACUUUGUUGAAGCCAAAGCUGAUGAUAACCUUAAAUCCUCACCCGAAUGGCAGGGUAUUUUCUAUUCCAUACUGCUUUUCCUUUGUGCAGCUGUGCAGACAUUUGUAAAUGCUCAAUAUUUCCAAAAAAUGUACGUUGUUGGAAUGAGAACUCGUACAGCUUUGGUAAAUGUGAUCUAUCGCAAAGCUUUGGUCAUAUCAAAUGCAAGUAAGAAAAAUUCAACAGUUGGUGAAAUUGUCAAUUUAAUGUCGGUCGAUGCACAACGUUUUAUGGAAUUAAUGACUUAUAUCAGUUUGCUUUGGUCUGCACCACUACAAAUUACAUUGGCACUUUAUUUCUUGUGGGAAUUGCUUGGGAUAUCCGUACUAUCCGGAUUAGCUGUUAUGAUUAUUAUGAUUCCUAUAAAUGGAGUCAUUGCAAAUCGUAUAAAGAUCCUACAAGUGAAACAGAUGCAAUACAAGGAUGAUCGUGUUAAACUGAUGAAUGAAGUUUUGAGUGGUAUGAAGGUUUUGAAACUUUAUGCUUGGGAACCAAGUUUUGAAGAUCAAGUUGGUGAUCUUCGUAACAAAGAAAUUGCCACACUAAGAUCAUCAGCGUAUUUGAAUGCUGGAACAUCAUUUUUAUGGUCUUGUGCUCCAUUUUUGGUUUCCUUAGUUACAUUCGCUACUUAUGUUUUAAUUGAUGAAAAGAACGUUCUUGAUCCCUCAAAAGCUUUCGUAUCGUUAUCCUUAUUUAAUCUUUUACGUUUUCCAUUAGCUAUGUUGCCUAUGUUGAUAACUAACUUGGUUCAAACUCAAGUAUCAGUUAAACGUAUUAACAAAUUCUUAAACAGUGAAGAACUUGAUCCGGAUUGUGUUGGACAUGAUCGUGGAGCACCUUGUCCAAUGUUAAUUGAAAAUGGAACAUUUUCAUGGGGUGACGAAAAUCCUGUUCUAAGAGACAUCAACAUGGAAGUAAAGAAAGGAUCAUUAGUUGCUGUAGUUGGAACAGUAGGUACAGGCAAAAGUUCUCUCAUAUCUGCUCUACUAGGAGAAAUGGACAAACUGAAAGGUCGAGUAAAUACUAUUGGUACAAUAGCUUAUGUACCACAACAAGCCUGGAUGCAAAAUGCAACUUUACGUGAUAAUAUUCUCUUUGGCAAGCCUUACGAUCGCAAAAGAUACGAAAGUGUCAUUCAAGCUUGUGCAUUAAAAUCAGACAUUGAAAUGUUAUCGGCUGGUGAUCAGACAGAAAUCGGUGAGAAAGGUAUUAAUUUGUCUGGUGGACAAAAGCAGAGAAUAUCACUUGCUAGAGCGGUUUACAAUAAUGCAGACUUAUAUUUACUCGAUGAUCCUUUGAGUGCGGUGGAUUCUCAUGUUGGAAAACAUAUUUUCGAACAAGUCAUUGGACCAAAUGGUUUAUUGGCGAAGAAAACUCGAGUUUUAGUUACACAUGGAAUUACCUACUUGCCUCAAGUGGAUAACAUUUAUGUCCUGAAGGGUGGAGAAAUCAGUGAAGAUGGAACUUAUGCAGAGUUGAUGAAACAAAAGGGAGCAUUCUCUGAGUUCUUAAUUCAACAUUUGACCGAAAAUAGUGCUGAGCAUGAAGAAUUGGAAGAUAUCAAAGAACAUCUAGAGAAAGGUAUUCAACCUGUUGAUUUGCAUGGUAAACUUGAGCGAGCACUUAGUCGAGCAAGAUCGGAAAGUAUUGUUUCAGAAAGCUCUUCGAUACGAUCCCUUAGGAGCACUAAAGGAAGUUUGCGACGAAGAAAUUAUAAACGUCAAGAAUCUGUGGCUUCGAUUACUUCAAAAAUAUCAGAAAUUGUUGCUGGUAAAGAUGAUGGUAAAUUGAUUGAUGUUGAGAAAUCUGAAACUGGCAAUGUUAAUCUUGAGGUGUACAAAUAUUACAUCAAGACAAUAGGUGUUGCAAUGACUGUUACGACAGUUGUGUUGAACUGUGUUUUCCAAGGACUUGCUGUGGGUUCAAACUUGUGGCUAACGGAAUGGUCAAAUGACAAGGAAGUUGCUGCAGGAGAUAAUGGAAAGAGAAAUAUGUAUUUAGGGGUCUAUGGAGCAUUUGGAUUUGUACAAGUUGUUGUUGAUUUCUUUGCAACACUAACACUCGCAUUGGGAUGUGUUCAUUGUUCGAAGAGAUUGCAUGAGGUCUUAACAAGGAACACAAUGAGAUUCCCUAUGGACUAUUUUGAUACAACUCCACUUGGACGUAUAUUGAAUCGUUUCUCAAAAGAUAUUGAUACUGUGGAUAAUGUAUUGCCAUUGAAUCUUCGUGUGAUGCUAAUACAAUUCUUUGUGGUGAUCUCAACUGUUGUCGUCAUCUGCAUAUCAACGCCAAUUUUCUUAGCUGCAAUUGUACCCAUGGCUUUAAUUUAUUGGUUCGCUCAACGAUUUUAUGUUGCAUCUUCAAGACAACUUAUGCGAUUGGAAUCAGUUACUCGAUCACCGAUCUAUUCGCAUUUCAGUGAAACUGUUACAGGAGUUUCAACAAUUCGAGCAUAUGAAGUUCAAAAAACCUUCAUUCAAACAUCUGAUGAUCGUGUAGACUUGAAUCAACUUUGCAAAUAUCCAAGUGUCAUUGCUAAUCGUUGGUUAGCCAUUCGAUUGGAAAUGGUAGGAAAUUUGAUCAUUCUCUUCGCUUCGUUGUUUGCUGUUUUGGGAAAUCAAACAAAUGCUGCCUUGGUUGGUUUGUCUGUGACUUAUUCCCUACAAAUCACACAAGCUCUUAAUAUGUUAGUACGUUUGACUUCUGAUAUUGAGACAAAUGUUGUUGCUGUUGAACGUAUUCAGGAAUAUGGUGGUGUCAAACAAGAAGCACCUUGGGUCCUUGAAAAUGUUAAAACUCCCGAAGGGUGGCCACAGACUGGGCGUGUAGUAUUCGAAGACUAUAUGAUUCGUUAUAGGCCAGGGCUGGAUUUGGUAUUGAAGGGAGUUAGUUUUGAUAUUGCUGGUGGUGAAAAGGUGGGAAUUGUUGGACGAACUGGAGCUGGAAAAUCUAGUUUAACUCUUGGUUUAUUCAGAAUCAUUGAAGCAGCUGGUGGCCAUAUUACAAUCGACGGCAUCGAAAUCUCUACACUUGGUCUACACAUGUUACGUUCCAGAUUGACAAUUAUUCCACAAGAUCCUGUUUUGUUCUCCGGGACAUUGCGAAUGAAUUUAGAUCCAUAUCAGAUAAGUAGUGAUAAUGACAUUUGGACUGCACUGGAGCUGGCUCAUUUGAAGUCGUUCGUUAAAGAAACAGCUGGUGGCUUGAAUUAUGAAAUUAACGAAGGUGGAGAGAAUUUGUCGGUGGGACAAAGGCAAUUGGUUUGUUUGGCUAGAGCACUGCUGAGGAAAACUAAAGUUUUGAUAUUAGAUGAAGCAACAGCUGCUGUUGAUUUGGAAACUGAUGAUUUGAUUCAGAAAACAAUUCGUUCUGAAUUCAAGGACUGUACUGUUCUAACAAUUGCACAUCGUCUAAAUACAAUUCUCGAUUCGGAUAAAGUCAUCGUCUUGGACAAAGGACAAAUAAUCGAAUUUGAUUCACCUACAAAUUUAUUGGAAAACAAAAACUCAUCAUUCUAUAGUAUGGCGAAAGAUGCAAAUCUAGUUUAAUGAAUAUUAUUAUAA